UUAUUUUCUUUUUAGGUCCCGGAUUGUGAUAUUGGUGACAGUCGGAACACAAUAGAAGCCGUACGUUUCGUUUUAGCUUUUUCAAAUUGCUCGAGCAUUGGCUCAACUUCAAAAACGGGACUCAACCAACCUACUUCUCAUAACAGACAUUAGAGUAAGCUCUAAUUUACUGGAUAUCUAACGUCAAACUGAUAGAUUGGCCUAUUUCGCUUCGAAUAUCGAGGCCACGUGCAGGUUCCGUAUAUUGAUCCCAAUGUUUCGUGCCGGAUUAGAUUUGUGUGCCGGUUUAAUGUGUGUACUUCUUCUGUAUUUGUCGACAUGCCCGCAGCACGCGUGUCAAAUAUCCUACGAUCGGGGUGUAUUACUAAUGCGACACGUGUGCGUACAAUUUAAUAUGCAACGAAUGCGAAAAACACUGCACGGAAUUGGUACUGCAGUGCAACGUUCAACAAGCUAGGCUAGUGAGAGUCACACGUCUAUUUGUAGAUGGUUUGAUUUUCGUUUUUGUGAAAAGGCUGACCAUGAUCUCCAUGAAAGGUCGCUAUACGGCGCGUGAGCUGAAAAGAAAGAGCUAAACAGCGAAAUCGGAUUACAAUGGCACAAGGUGCUCAAAAUAUAGUCGGCCUUCUUAGCUGUCUGGUGGUACAACUUGUGGUUUCAACGCACUUCCAUUAUGGCGGACAUAACGGAAGCGCACAGCUACAACUUUCAAAUCUGUUCGGUACGGCGGAUAACAUGGGCUUGCCAUUUAAUGAUACUCUUCGCUUGUUACGAUCUGACAAUGAUACGGAUUCCUUAAAUGGAACACCGAUAUUGAGUUACGCCGCCUAUCCACUUGUUGCAGUGGUCCACUACAAGAUAAGCACCUUACGUAACCUGUUAACAAUCCCAUUCCGAUUGCUUACGUUACCCGUGGAUGUGGCUCGUGCUGUUUGGAGAACAAAGGAAGCACUUCAGAGGCCUGUCGACGCGACAAUGUUGGGUCAACUGCACGACGAUCUACACAAACUAAAUGCCACUUCCUUGCCCAAAAAAGAUAGCUCGUAGAAAGCUUGUCGAUCGAAUAACCCAGUCAUCAAAACACCUUAUAUUUGGAUUAUCACUUAUGUUGGGGUAUUUUUAGUCAUUAGAACUCUUAAUGGGUUCAUAAGAAUCGGAUUCCAAAUUAGCCAAGAUUUAACAGUUCUUGUCAUAUAUCUGCAUCUGAUAGAUGCGGAGAAAAGCAACUCAUACCAAGAAUAUCAGUUUAUAGUAAAUCGAUUUUGAUAUAUAUGAUGUGCCUAUAGCACUGCAUCUGUAGGCGGUGAGUCGACCUAAUGGAAACCAAAACAUCUAUUUCAAACUCAGCUAUGAAUCCACCUGGUAUAUAUGUAUAUUCAGAUGUAUCCCCACAGGGAACGUCUAAUUUAUAAAUAAA